CGGGAAACUAGAACCACGGGACAGUGCAGCCGAAUGUCCUGUGGCAACUUCCAAGGCUUAUAACCUGAUUAAGCUCUAUGAGACCAUCGCAUUUAAGAGUGCAUGCAAGUUACACUACACCGAUGAAGAAAAGGACAUGUCGUUGUAUCGAUACAUAAUGGCUGGGAAGAAGUAUCAUGAGUUCAUGGUUGGGAAUGUUCCCGGCAUAAGCCGAGCUACCCUUCUAAGGCACAUGGACAAACAUACAACGGACAUUAAAGAUGGGGUGAUCGACGCGGCGGGUCUGAAGCGUUACCUGACCGAGAACGGCUAUCCGCUGACGGUGAUGCUUGCGGAGGAUGGGACGAGGGUUACCCCGCGUGCCCAGUACGACGAGCGAACAAACACUUUGACUGGACUAGUAGCUCCGCUUGACCACACGGGACUUCCCAAACGAAACUACUUUGACGCCAGCAAUGCGCAGGAUAUGGCUGACAAGUUGAAAAAUUGCCGACUGGCAAGCACUGCAUACGUUCAACUAGCAGUACCUCUAGAUCCAAAUGCGGCCCCGUACGUGCUGUUCUACAUGGGUACGGACAACAGCUUUACGUAUGCAGAUGUACUCAAGCGUUGGCUUCACACCAUCGACUUGCUGAAGAAGCAUGGCAUCACCGUUUUUGGUAUAGCUUCAGAUGGGGACCCAACUCUCCUGAAGGCAAUGCUCAGCAUCAUGCAAUUGGCAGAUGUACCGUGUGAUGAGCUAGGUGUUAGAUUUCUUUGGAAACUUGUUCAGCGCACCUAUCUGUACCAAGAUAUAACGCACACAGUGAACAAACUAGCGCGCAAGUUGUUCAAUCGCAAACGAGCGUUAAUGAUUGGUACAUCGGUGGCUAGCGUUACCCACCUCGAUGCCCUGUUGGAUAAGGUUUCGAAGGACAAACACGGUCUCACGUACGGUGAUCUUCACCCGACCGACCUCAUGAGCUUUCGACCUACGGAAAAAGUAAUGGAGGAAGCCGUUAUCAACCUGUUGGAGGAACAUGUGCCUGGUAGCGAGGGCACGGUAGUGCUGCUCCGCUACAUGAGCGCUAUAUACCGAGCAUAUACUGAUGUAUCGUUGGCGCCGAUUGAAGCCAUCUCAAUGCUCUGGGAGGCGUUGUUUUUCAUGCGGGCGUGGAGGAACUGGACAUUGAAGAAUAGAACAAGCAGCUUCCAAUGUGUGACAGCAAACACGUACGCUUGUCUUGAGAUAAAUGCUCACAGCCUUGUGCUGGCAGCAAGAGACUGCCGCGAUCGUGGCCGACCCGAGGAAUUCUUAGUGAGGUGUUUCGGCAGUCAGGACGUCGAGGCGACAUUCCGGAAUCUUCGAUCGAUGACGACAAUGAACCAUACCCAGACGAACCUCACUUUCAAGGAAAUCGGCGAAAAGCUGCGGCGAGCUCACAUGCUGCAUCAAAUUCAGCACCGUAACCGUAUUAAGUUUCGAUUCCCUGGUCACACGGGUCCGACCAACGUGUCCGUGCUACCGACACUGCCGACGGAUGCUGAAAUAAAAGCCGCACUAACCAGUGCUGAGGGGAGGGCAUCUGAGGUCUUGGGCAAGCUUGGCCUCUUGCAGGCUGAACAAUCUUUCGAGUUUAGUGUACAUGCCCUCGGGGACCGGAACUGGGAAGACUUGAUCGUUUCCGAUAGUGAGUCUGACACGGAGGACCAUGAAGACCAUGAACCCGGUCAGGAGGUGUAUGAAGCUAAGCAUCUGUUUUCAAACUUUUCGGGCCAGAUCGCGCUGCCUAACAGCACGUCCGAUAAGCACAUCUACCUGAUACGAGAUGACCACGGGAAGGUGUUUCACGUUAAGAAGAGUAGUGUAGUGUGGAUGCUUACUGCGUCUAAGGUUCAGGAAAAAGCUCGUAUGAUACGUUACAAACAGCCCAUGCCUAACUAGGGCAAGCUAGGUUGAUUAGGUUCAUAAGUAAUACAUAUUAUAUAAUGUCCGUACUCUUAGAGUGUGCUUUACUAUCCUUGAUGACACUCUGACUAUUCAACCUCCAAGGUGGUGGUUGAAUAGUCAGGGGGGGUGUUAUACCCGGGUGUUUGUAGUAGCCUAUGUACUGGUUCCUACAAACACCCGGGUUAUACUCUUUGAAAAAUGUUGCCCCUAAAUGUAUGCAACCCAUGAAAUGGAAAAAGUUUCAAAAUUCGUCUAAGUCCCGGAAAUGGGGAAGUGUUCUUGCCUGCGAAGGCACCACUGAGCUGAGGUGAGAUGAAUACGUACCCACAGUUGUCUGAGUUGGGGCAGCGUAACGAGUGAGCUAUGAUGAGCGCGCAAACAUGCGUGCGCUUCAUAUACGUGUACCGUACACUGUGUACGGACGCGGCGGAGGAUGGGUCGCGGUACAUUGACUGAGUCGGUGACCAUUUCGGUGGUAAAGUGGUUAAGCCAAAUUGGCUUGCACGUCGCUAAGCCAAAUUCGCUUAUGGGAUGCUAAGCCAAGUUGGCUUAAGAAGCAAAGUUGGCUUGGAUUGAACAUGUGUCCGCAGUACAAGUAGAAAACGCAUGCGGCUUCAAGUGAUCAUGACCAGCGUACGCCCCGUAUAUGCUUACUGGUGUACGCGGAUGAUCUCUGGUAUCGGCAUCCACCUUUAGGCAAAGUUAAUUUAAUGGUAGGCGAAGUUCGCCUACAUAGAGAAAAAAGUUUGCCUCAAGUAGGAAAUUUGACUAAGUCUGGGAACGGUACAAGUGGGCAACGCAUGCAGCGUCAAGUGCGCAGACCAUCCACCUCUCGGUAUGUACCGUCUAAGUAAUGGGGACAGUGAUGGUGGCAGUAUGCAUCGUCGAGUGCGCAUGACCAGCGUACCAGCGUACGCCCCAUAUACACUGACCGGUGUACGCGGAUGAUCUCUGGUAUCGGCAUCCACCUUUAGGCAAAGUUAAUUUAAUGGUAGGCGAGUUUCGCCUACAUGGGAAAAAAGUUCACCUAAAUUGGCAAAAUUUGCCUAAGUCUGGCAUAUGAAAAAGGUUGACAUGGUAGGCAACCUCGGGUGCGCAUCCGUCCACUUCGAAGGAAUGUACCGUCCUAGGACUGGGAACAUCGUGUGCGCAAACCCGCGUACACUCCAUAUACGCGGACUGGUGUACGCCGAUGAGCUUAGGUACCGGUAUCCACGCUGAGACAAGGUUUACUUAAGUGGAGGCCAAAUUGGAUUACUUG